AUGAAAAGCAUUUAUUUUGUGGCUGGAUUGCUUUUAAUGAUCAUUCAAGGCAGCUGGCAAAAUCCUCUUCAAGACACAGAAGAGAAAUCCAGAUCAUUCAAAGCUUCCCAGACUGAACCAUUAGAUGAAUCUAGACAGCUGAAUGAAGUAAAACGUCAUUCACAAGGCACAUUCACCAGUGAUUACAGCAAGUACUUGGACACUAGACGAGCUCAGGAUUUUGUGCAAUGGUUAAUGAGCACUAAAAGAAGUGGCAAUGGACUCUCGAGGCGUCAUGCUGAAUUUGAGAGGCACGCCGAGGGCACCUACACCAGUGACAUCACCUCUUAUUUGGAAGGUCAAGCUGCCAAAGAGUUCAUUGCUUGGUUAGUGAACGGACGAGGAAGAAGAGAUUUCUCAGAAGAAGCUAAUGCAGUUGAAGAACUGGAUAGAAGACAUGCAGAUGGCACUUUUACCAGUGAUAUCAACAAAAUCCUCGAUGAGAUGACUGCCAAAGACUUCUUAAAAUGGCUGAUUAACACAAAAGUUACCCAGAGGUGA